AUGCCGCUCUUUUCCAAUGUCCCAGCUCUUCGUCUGACUCUGGCCUAUGCGAUCCACGAUCCGUCGUGCCUCCUUCCGCAUGCCACCAUCCCAACUCUACUCUCUCUUCCACUUCCCGUGGGCCCUUGUCUUCCCUCACUCAAUGCCACGGGCAAGAAACCCACGAUACGCGCCCUUGUCUUAGACAAAGACAAUACCCUCUGUCCACCGGAGACUGCCAAACUACACCAAGCUUAUAGAAACAAGGUUGAGAAGAUCAAAGAGAGCCCCGAAUUCUCUCACAGCACUUACAGCAUCCUGAUUGUAUCGAACACCGCAGGAAGUUCUUCGGCUCCCGGACACGAGGCCGAAGCUAAGCAAUUGGAGCUGGAAAUCGGACUGCCUGUCUUACGACAACAUCCAGAUCGUAAGAAGCCAUUUUGCGGGCCGGAUAUCUUGAAAUUCUUCCAAGAGCAUGGCGUGACAGAAGACCCACGAGAAAUUGUGGUAGUUGGUGACAGGCUGGCUACUGAUGUUCUUUUGGCUCACGAAAUGGGCAGCUGGAGUAUCUGGUGCAGGGAUGGAUGGCGAAAUCCUGAAAUGCUCGGUCGAGAUUACAGAGGUUUCUUCAGCAAAAUGGAGAAUCGCUUCGAAGGAAUGGUAAGGCGCGGUCUAAGGCAGGCUGCUCCCUUGCCCAAGAACACCAUCUCCUCGCAAGAGCAAUGA